UAAAAGUUGAUAAGAUCAGAGGAAAGACGUGGAAUAUUCAAACGAAUUGGGCCUAAUUGGUAACUAGGUCCCUGUUCGAGUUCCUGAUUCAGUGACUCAGCCAUCGUACUUGUCGUUGCCGUGCUACGAAGGUUGGCUCUCCUCACUCUUAACUACCAUCGCUUGAAGUCGUCGUCUUCCAAAACUCCCAAAAAAAAAAGUAAAAAAAAAAACGAGAACGAAAGAGCAAAGAAAUGUCGAUGAUGGCGACGAAUUCCUUCAAGAACCCGAUUCUUCCGGUUUCGGAUCCGCCGAUAGACAAAGAAGAAGAAAAAGAAAGGCUUCUCAAAAGAGGAGAUGAGAGGAUUUUCAAAGGAUCCGCUAUGACCAAAAGAGGAGCCUACGCUGCCAUCUAUUACAUGUCUUGCGCUGUGCUUUUGAUCCUGUUCAAUAAAGCAGCUUUAUCUUCUUAUGGUUUCCCCUUUGCCAAUGUAAUUACACUCUUUCAGAUGAUAAGUUCGUGUACCUUUCUCUAUGCACUGAGACGGUGGAAGAUGAUAUCUUUCUCAAACAAUGAAUCUUUAACCAUUUCUGAUAGCAACACGAGUUUGGUUCCCUUGAAGACUUUGAUUCAUACCCUUCCUCUUGCAGGAACUUAUUUGCUUUACAUGCUAGUCACUGUUGAGUCUAUUCGUGGAGUAAAUGUUCCCAUGUACACUACUCUUAGGCGAACCACUGUUGUUUUUACGAUGAUUGUGGAGUUUCUCCUCGCAGGACAGAAGUAUACAUCAUCUAUAGUUGGGAGUGUUGGAUUGAUUGUUAUUGGUGCAUUUGUUGCGGGAGCUCGUGACUUUUCAUUCGACUUUUAUGGAUACGCUGUUGUUUUCUUGGCCAACAUCUCUACAGCUAUAUAUCUUGCAACCAUAGCCCGAAUCGGGAAAUCUAGUGGGCUUAAUAGCUUUGGGCUUAUGUGGUGUAACGGUAUAAUAUGUGGACCGAUUUUGUUAGUGUGGACAUUUCUUCAUGGUGAUUUGAAGAGUACAAUGAAUUUCCCUCACCUCUUUUCACCUGGUUUUUUGGCUGUAUUGAUUCUUUCGUGUAUGCUAGCUUUCUUCUUGAAUUACACUAUAUUCUUGAACACAACUCUCAAUUCGGCAGUUACACAAACCAUUUGUGGGAAUCUGAAGGAUCUUUUUACCAUUGGACUUGGCUGGAUGCUUUUUGGUGGGCUUCCCUUUGAUAUUCUGAAUGUUAUCGGGCAAUUGCUGGGGUUUGUUGGUUCUGGUUUGUAUGCCUACUACAAGCUUGUGGGGAAAUAACUGACUUCAGGCUAACAAAAAUGUCUAGUUGUAGUUUGCUGAUUUCUGCUUUACCUUUGUUCGAUCAAAGUGCUUAUGAGCUAUUGGAAGUAAGAUAGCCUUCUAAAAAGAAUGGAGAUUUAUCCAAAGUUUUGACAUCCCUUGCGGUUAGAGCCAACGUAGCUGAUGACUCUGCAGUCUGAUCAUCUCACCAUUUUUUGUCGUCCCUUUUUCCCUCCCUCAGGGUCACAAGAGUACUAAAUUUGGUGAAACUUUGUACUAGUGAAGAGUUAGGAUAGUUUACAACUAUUCCUACUGUAUAUCUCUUUUUGGGAUCAUUUUUCUUACUUCCUUUCUUUCUUGUUCUUUUUGUCAAAUUCUUGUAGUUGGGAUUUCCAUGUUUUUUCUUCAAAUGGAAAGGAAAAUGUUGAAGUUCCCCUAUUUCAUUUUGUUUUAUAUUUGAACUGAUUAUAUGCCAGAA